GUCGCGCCGCCUUCAGCUCCGAGUUGUGAUUCGCUCCCCUUCCCUUCCCUUCCCUUCCCUUGAGUGUUUGUGUUUCUGCGGGAGACGACUCUGCACUGUUAGAUCAUGCUGCCCUCCCUACUUAUUGUCUCGAUUCCUCUGCUGAUCUGCAUGCUGAUUAACUCCUCCUCCUCCUCCUGACUCUGCUUCCCCUGCUUCCCACCCCGAGGUUCUUGCCUUCGCCCUUCUUGUGCCUCCCCGCAUCAUCGUCGGUUGUAUCGCACGCCGUGCAUGCAUGUCUUGUGCUUGUUCCUUGGCCCCUGAAUUCGCGAUCGAUCGAGAAGAAGGGGUUUUUCGUGGGUUUUGGGGCUCGAUUGGUCGUGAUCUCGAUCGAUUUGGGUUCGGAUGGGGUCCAUGAUUUGCAUGAACGAAUCCUGCGGGUCUCCUUGUCCCGAGUGGACCAAGGGUUGGCCUCUCCGAUCUGGUGGCCUCGCUCGUCUCUGCCUCCAGUGCGGGUCUGCCUACGAGAAUUCCUUGUACUGCAAUCUUUUUCACCAGGAGGAAUCUGGCUGGAGGGAAUGCAGAUUUUGUGGCAUGCGCCUCCACUGUGGAUGCAUUGCCUCAAGUUCUUUGGUCGAGUUCAUGGACUCUGGAGGUGUCAUGUGCAUUUGUUGUUCAAAGAAGCAAACUCAUCCAGUAAGAUUUGCUCUCAACAUUCAUCCACUUCAACUGAAGAUAGAGGAAGAGAUGAGGAGAAGCUGAUGCAGUUAUACAAGUUCGUGUCCAAUGAACCAAAAAUUUUGCUUCAAGCUCCUAGAGAUGAUAUUCGUGCUUCUUAUGGGGAAGUACAACAAGAGACAAGACCCUUCAGUGGGGAAGCUGCUAUUGAUUUUUCACAUGGGACCGACCCCACAGGAGGAUCACGUAAAUUGACAAAAUUGGAGGACAGCAGAUUCUUGCUUAAAUUGAAGGAUACACACAGAUCUCUUCCACAUCCAUCUCUGAACAUCAGUUUGGGAUCCCUAGGUGUAAGUUCACAUAUCGCACUGCCUUUCUCUGGAGGGGUUGGGGAAGGAAGUCAAACCGAGGGGCCUUCUUCCCUCCAGCAAGGACCGAGGUCUUGUCCAAUCUUGCCUAAAUUUUCUAAAAGUGGCGUAGCAGGCCCAGAGACAAUUAAAAUUCCUCCAGUGCGUGUUGCAAGGCCACCCGCUGAGGGGCGGGGAAAGAAUCAAUUACUUCCUCGAUACUGGCCGAGAAUCACUGACCAGGAACUGCAGCAAUUGUCUGGAGAUUUGAACUCUACUAUCGUGCCCCUUUUUGAGAAGGUUCUCAGCGCAAGUGAUGCUGGUCGAAUUGGUCGUCUGGUCUUGCCGAAAGCUUGUGCUGAAGCAUACUUCCCUCCUAUAUCUCAAUCAGAAGGUAUUCCAGUGCGAAUUCAAGAUGUAAAGGGGAAUGAAUGGACUUUUCAGUUUAGAUUUUGGCCCAAUAAUAAUAGCAGAAUGUAUGUUUUGGAGGGCGUUACGCCUUGCAUACAGUCUAUGCAGCUCAGAGCUGGCGAUACAGUAAUAUUUAGUAGGAUCGAUCCCGGAGGCAAACUUGUUAUGGGUUUUCGCAAGGCAUCAAACUCUAGUGAUCCGCAGGACAACCAAGUAUCCAUAGUCCCUAAUGGGGAUUUAUCCAGGGAAGGUUCCUUCCAGCCCUUCAUGGGGAGUCUACCCAUAGUUGAUGAUUACUCUAAUCUUUUCCGGACUGCAAGUGGAAUCAAGGAUCCUCGCUUGAAUCCUUCGUCUGAGCUUCUCAGAAAUAACGAUGGUGACACCUUUUGCGACAAGACUGAGGACGAUGUGGGCAGGACGUGUGAAGAUCCGGCCCAACAAGCAUCGCCGAUUAGCGAAAAGAAAAGGACUCGUAACAUAGGGUCUAAAAGCAGGAGAAUGCUAAUACAUAAUGAAGAUGCUCUGGAGCUUAGACUUACAUGGGAAGAGGCUCAAGAUUUGCUACGACCCCCACCAUGUGUAAAACCAAGCAUUGUCACUGUUGAGGGGCACGUUUUCGAAGAAUAUGAUGAACCCCCAGUAUUUGGGAAGAGGACUAUAUUCGUAAGCCAGCUAUCUGGGGGACCCGAACAAUGGGCUCAGUGUGAUGACUGCUCCAAAUGGCGAAAGUUGCCUAUGGAUGUUCAUCUUCCUCCAAGAUGGACAUGUUCAGACAAUGUCUGGGACUCUGGAAGGAGAAUCUGUUCCGCACCGGAUGAGAUGAGCCCAGAGGAGCUGGAGAGUCUUCUUAGAGUGAGCAAAGAUGUUAAAAGACAAAGGGUUGAUGAGGACCAUAGGAAAGAUACAGAUGGUGAAACUUCAGGCUUGGAUGCUUUAGCUAGUGCUGCUGUUCUUGGGGAGAGCAUAGAGGACCCAGGUAAGCCAUCGUGUGGGGUCACCACAAAACACCCUCGUCACCGUCCAGGUUGCACAUGCAUCGUGUGCAUCCAACCCCCCAGUGGGAAGGGUAAGCACAAGCCCACAUGUACCUGCAAUGUGUGCAUGACAGUGAAGCGCCGCUUCAAAACUCUGAUGUUGCGGAAAAAGAAACGCCAAUCAGAUCGGGAGGCUGAAACUAUACACAAGGACCUGAUUCAUUAUGGUCAUGAGUUAGGAAUUGACGGAGCUUCAUUCGAGAUAAAUCACGGAGAGAGUGUAACCAGCCAGAAUAAAAAAACAGAGGUGGCAGAUAGCAGCAAUGGCCACAUUGACCUGAACUGCCACCCCGACCAUGAGAACGUGCAGCUCGAGGGAGAAAUAUGCAGCAUCAUGGGGUUUACUCAAGAAACUAAGUAUCCUUCAGGGAAUGAUUCAACCCACGAUGUGAUUCCCACCUUGCAAUGUGAGCAUCUAGCCAGCACAAGCUCCGGUUUGUUUGGACAAACCGUUGAAGAGAAGGGGAAACGGCUGACUAAUGGAGAGUGCCUUCCAUCCAUUUUACAUGAAACCAACGAUGCGGGCGAUGAAGGGUAGGCCGAGGCACUUAAAGUCUCUGCUGAAACAUCUUUUGGUUGAGGUUGGACUUUUCGAGUUUACAUUUGUCUCCUCUUUUUUUAAAUUUGAGAAAUUGCAAAAUGUUCCUUAAGGGGUUGGUGAGUGUUGAUCCGGAACGAGUUCGCUCCACAAUUUUGGGACUUUUGCCAUGUCAUUCCGUGUUUGGUAUAGAUUUUAGGCUUGAGAAGGGAUAAUAAGUUUUCUGUGUUUGAGAUGCGAUAUAGAGUGCCCAUCAGAUUAUUUGAGAA